AUGGCGGCUUUCCCGUUCUUUUCGUUUUGUUCGGCUUUGCUUGCUAUUUCUGUGGGUAUUUUUAUUCAGUUCAAUGCCAAACAAUCCAAGCCGUACAUGGAUGAGAUUUUUCACGUCCCUCAAGCUCAGAAGUACUGCCAUUAUAAGUUUCAAGACUGGGAUCCCAAGAUUACUACUUUGCCAGGAAUCUACCUUUUUUCUUUCUUGUGUUUACGCGCCCUGUCGUAUUUCCUUGGUCAAGAAUUGCAUUUGCUGUGUUCAACAUUUUUGCUGCGAAUGACUAACGUCCUGUUUUUAAUGGGCAAUGUGUGGAUUUUGAGACAGCUACUCAUCUGUAUCCAUAGUUUAAGGCACUGUGAUAAGAAAUCAGCUCAAAAGCAAAAGGAGGUUGGUAAAGACUUUUUUAAAUUCAGUAGACUACAUUGCAGAAUACCCGUCCCAGAAAAUGCAGGGCUGUCAACCCCUUCCCCCCCCCCCCAUCAUCAAAUAUUGAGAAUUGAUAGGGAAGGAAUGAUAGAUGAUGUCAUAUUGCACGAUAAAUGACUUCAUUUGGGCCAAAAAUGCUCGUUGAUUCUGUUCGACAUAUAUAGCACAUAAAAUGUUCCGUGUUAACAGUAGCUCAAACAGCGCAAAAUAUUUGAAAUUUUGUGGUUGGAAAGUCAAGUCUACGAGAAAUAGCAACUUUGGCGAUUAUCCGGUAGAUAUCAGACUCUAAUCUGGAGACUGGUAGCCUGCAAAGCGCAGACGCAUUUCCGGUCAUCGCUUCGCUAAAUGCGUCUGCGCUUCGUAGGCUAGGAGACUGGGAGAUACAGUCCAAAAUGUGGAGUCUCCCGUAUAAUUUAUCCAGCACUGUAAUUUCUAACUCAAAAAACUUCUCCUGCAGUUGUCCGAUUUGCAUAAUAAAUUCUAGCCUGUGAACAGGCUCUCUGUUUGGGAAGAAAGUGAAAAAAAAAUCGGCAAGAGAAGGAGGGAGAGCUUGUAGACAAACCUUGUAAUUACUGAUCAAAAUCUGUCAGCAAGAUUGUUAUCUGUUUUGUGGAUACAUUGGAAUGUAAUCAAUUUCAUGCAUGAGUGUAAAAAGGGGGUCAGUAGGCAACACACGACUUUUACCUCGUGCCAAAAUGCUUCCUGUUCCAUUGAAUUUUUUCUGAAGGAAUCUAUACUUUGACUGGGCAAAUUUGAUUUUUGCUGCUUGUUUCAUACUGAGAGAUCGUGACAUGCAUAUUGAUUUUCUACAGUCGUUGUGUCUGGUCGGUGUGAUUUGCCCUCUGAUGCAAGAGCAUUUUCUUUGACCUCUUUUGAAACAUAGAUCUCUUCAUUGCAGCUAAAUAACAGUUUUAGGUUGUAGAGGCAUUACAACCGAGACCGUCAUUCUAUUCUUUGGUAAAUCGCAGGAGCAUUUGACUGACCAGCUCUGCACUGGUUCCCUUCAUUCUCCCACUUUCACUUUCUGCCCAUCUCUAGCCUCCCAUGCAGGUGUUUUUAGGGGAUUUCGUAUUUCAUCCCUCCCCACAAAUGCCUACUCAACCAAGGACAACAUUCCUUUCCUACGCUUGGCCAAUCACGCUGUACUUUCCAAAUUCUGGAAAGUUGACCUUGACAGGAGGGUAACCUGAUAAUUACGCAAUCUGCAUGAAACUUUGGGAAACCUUCAUGACUUCUGAUAAAUGUUAGACACAGAGCGGCAAAAGUAAGAUUUACUCAGUCAGAUUUUAGAAUUCUAUGUGCACAACAUAACCUUAGUGAAGGAAAGAAAAGAAGGAAAAAGGUAACUCUAGGGUCAUGUUCUGGGUCACGUUUUUACACGUCUAUUGCGAGCUUAUGAGUCCUGUUUAACCUGUCAACACUUUAUUUCAAAACUGUUGAUUGGUCACUUACCACGCGAAAUUAUAACAAUCGGAAAGGAAUGUUGUCCUCAGUUGAGCAGGCGUUUGUGGGGAGGAAAGAAAUACGUCAGCUCCCCUAAGGAGCUCAUCUCCAGCUCUUUGCUUUAUAAAACCAUGCUCCUUGGGAAAGUCUAUGGAGGAUGCAAUACCUUUUGCCUUAUAAUAGACCUUAUUCAUGAUACCCACCAUCUUUGCACGCGCAUAAGGAGUGAUGGGUUAAAAGCAGUGUCACAAACUCAACCAAGAUUACUUUUAUUGGCAAAUUUUAAGUCACACACUUGUUUGCCCCCUGAAGUACCACACGAAAUUGCUUUUAUCCCAUCAAUCCUAAAGCCCAUGCCACUCUUGGUUCACACAUAGUCUUCACCUUUAAAGGUGAAGACUAUGUGUGAGCCAAGGGGACCACCAGGCCAGAGCUUAUCCCUGGUUACAAAACAUGAAGUGACUAGGAGUAUUUCUAUCCCCCCUUCCUGGAUGUCCAUCUUAGGGUUACUCUCAGCAGUAUAUUGCUGAUACCCAUUUAAUACACAUGGAUGAAGGCAAACAAAGUGGGACAAAGUUUGAGCAUGGACCCACAGAUCCAAAGUUUGAGGUGUUACCAACUUGGGCACCUUGCCUUCACACACUUUAUAAUAAUUUGUUAAUGACGUUCCAUUUAAUACCUGCCCCCCCCUCCCAAACCGGUAUGAUAGGGAGCUUAAGCAAUGACGACAUCAACAAGAACGGCAAAAAAGCAAUAGGUUUAGAUUGGCAAAACAACAACUCUGCACCGUCGUGCAUCAUGCUUUUUUGUACAUUUCUUUGCUGUCAGUGCACGACUACAACGUGAAAAUGCCUAAUUUCAGAUUUUGUGGAAAACAUGAACACAAGACAACAACUUUUAAAUUUUUCUUACCCUGAAUUUCGAUACAGGCUUUUAGAAUUGAACUCCAGAAAAAAAAUUGUUAACAUUUGACAGACUGAACGAGAUGGAAUAAGUGCAAUAAAGUUUGAAGCAGUGUGACUUCAUUAAUUUUUUUUUACGUGAUGUUUUCAUAGCCAUCGAUUGUUGCUCAAGCUUCCUAGUAUCAUGGAAAGGACCUUUAAAUGGCAUUGCUUCUGGUUUAACUGUAACAAUUUCAUUUUUUAUUCAACAGGGAAAAGCAGGUGAAAAUGAAGAGGAGAGUGAAAUCACAAGAUGUUCAGUUACUGCAUUGGUGCUGGGAGUAUUUCCUGUGCUGUACUUCUUCACAUUCCUCUACUACACUGAUUCUGGUUCUGUGUUCUUUGUCCUCCUUACAUAUUACCUCAGCCUCCGUGGAAACCACUUUGCAGCAGCGUUAGCUGGCAGUGCAUCAAUAUUUUUACGUCAGACCAAUGUAAUAUGGGUGAUUUUUACUGCAGGAGUAACAGCACUGAGAACUAUUCAACAACACAUGGACAAAACUGCAUUAGGAGAUUCCCCAGGCUUGUUGGUGGAACUGAAGGCAUACUGCAUAAUGUUUUGUAAACACUUCUUUGAGCUUUUUAAAUGCCUUUGGUCUUAUGGACUUGUUGUUCUUGUAUUUGCUGGAUUUGUAGUUUGGAAUGGGGGAAUAGUAGUUGGAGACAAAUCUCAACACAAGGCAUGCUUGAAUUUUCCUCAGGUUUUUUAUCUGUCAUUUUUUACGUUAGCAUUUAGCAGUCCUUUGCUUCUUUUGCCUCUGGACAUCCUAAGCUACAUUAGAAGGUUAAGAAGUAUUCUAAGAAAACCACUGUUAUUCAUAGCACUUCUUUUAGUAACUACUUCCAUAAUGACUUUUACUGUCUAUAAAUUUACCUUUAUUCAUGAGUAUCUACUUGCCGACAAUCGCCACUAUCCAUUUUAUGUUUGGAGGAAAGUUUAUGCAAGGCACCAGCUAGUGAAGUAUCUCAUGAUACCGGCCUAUAUGUUUGCAGGAUUUUGUAUCCAUGAGAAAUUAACUCUUAAGCAACAUAGGCUGUGGGUUUUAAUAUUUUACACCUGUGUUGCCGUAGUUACUGUCCCUCAAAAGCUAUUGGAGUUUCGCUAUUUCAUUAUUCCAUACAUCUUUUAUCGUCUCCAUGUUCCACUUGUGUCAUAUGUGAGACUGCUGACAGAAUGCGUAUUGUAUGUCGCAGUAAAUGCAUUUACUAUAUAUCUGUUCUUAGAGAAACCAUUUAGCUGGUCGCAUAGCCCAGAAGAAGUUCAAAGGUUUAUGUGGUAA